GUCGGUGACACAGCGCAGGCGCACAGUUCCCGAAAACUGCGCAUGCGGCUAAUGCACGGCAGGGUGUAGAGGAGCGGCCCCAGGUGUACAGGAUACAGAGUCUAUAGAAGUGAAGCAAAGUGGCAUUAAUUUCACGGACCUUGUACGGAUAACAGAGAAGGAGAUGUUUGCUGCACAUCAGAGUGGAUAAAUCGCCAGGGCCUGGCAAGGUGUUUCCUCGGACCCUACGAGAGGCAAGUUUAGAAAUUGCCUGGGUCUCUGCAGAGAUAUUAGCAACUGGAGAGAUACCAGAGGAUUGGAGCAUAGCCAAUGUACUGCUGUUUAAAGAAGACUCUAAACAGAAAUCAGGAAAUUAUAGUCCAAGGAGUCUGACAUCAGUUGUGGGAAAGUUAUUGGAAGCUAUUCUAUGCGACUGGAUAUAGAUGUAUUUCAAUGGAUGGACUGAUUAAGGAUAGGCAGCGUAACUUUGUGCAUGGAGAUGAAGAAGUGUCUCAACCCAGCUGGAAAUGUGCUUUGUGUUUGAAAUGAAGAUUUCGGUUUGAACUCAGUGAGUCCACUGGAACCGGGGUGCUGAGAACACACCAGCACUUGUUGAUCUGUUCUGUCUGUGAGAAGUGAUUCAUUUUGUCAUCCAAGCUGAUUGUACAUCAGAAAAUUUACAGCAGUGAGAGGCUGUUAACUUGAUCCAUCUGUAGGAAGAAAUUCACUCAGAGCUGACAGGCAGAUACACCAGAGAGUUCACAAGGGACAGAGAUUCUGUGUGUGGGAAGAGAUUCACUCAAUAAUAUGAUCUGCUGACGUAUUUGCGAGCUCUCACUGAAAAGAGGCUGUUCAUCUGUUCAUCAGUCAUCCCAUCCACAGACACAGUACACGGAAGAGAGAGGCUGUUCACCAGCUGGAUCUGAGGAAUUUAGUCAGUCAUCCCACCGACAAACAUACCAGUUAUUUCAUACUGGGGAGAUGCUGUUUACCUGCUCUGACUGUGGGAAGGAAUUCAAUCGAUCAUCCGACCUACUGGCACACCAGUCAGUUCACACUGGGGAAAGGCCGUUCACCUGUUUAGACUGUGGGAAGGGAUACACACAGUCAUCUCAAUUAAAGGUACAUCAGCGAGUUCACACUGGGGACAGGCCGUUUACCUGCGUAGACUGUGGGAAGAGAUUCACUCGAUCAACAGAUGUACUGGUACACCAGCGAGUUCACACUGGAGAGAGGCCGUUCAUCUGCUCCGACUGUGGGAAGAGGUUCACUCAGUCAUCCCAACUGAAGGUACAUCAACGAGUUCAUUCUGGAGAGAAACCAUUCACCUGCUCAGACUGUGGGAAAGGAUUCACUCAAUUAUCGCACUUACUGGUACACCAGUCAGUUCAUACUGGGGAGAAACCAUUCACCUGCUCACAUUGUGGAAAAGGAUUCACUCGAUCAUCUCACCUACAGGCACACCAGUCGAUUCAUACUGGGGAGAGGCCAUUCACCUGCUCUGACUGUGGCAAGGGAUUCACUCAAUCAUCUGACCUACAGGCACACCAGUCAGUUCACACUGGGGAGUGGCCAUACACCUGUUCAUACUGUGGGAAGGGAUUCACUAAGCCAUCUAAACUGAAAGUACAUCAGCAAGUUCACACUGGAGAGAGGCCAUUCAUCUGCUCAGUCUGUGGGAAGGGAUUCACUCAGUCAUCUUCCCUACUGGCACACCAGCGGGUUCACACUGGGGAGAGGCCGUUCAUCUGCUCGAACUGUGGGAAGGGAUUCACACAGUCAUCUUCCCUACUGGCACAUCAGCGAGUUCACACUGGGAAGAGGCCAUUUACCUGCUGAGGAUGUAGGUGGGGAUUCACUCAGUCAUCUUAACUGAAGCUAAAUUGGUGAGUUCGCACAAGAGAGAUGCCAUUCAUCUGCUCAGACUGUGAGAAGGAAUUCAAAGGUUCAUUUCAUUAUCACUGUAUGUAUCCAGUAUACAACUCCUGAGAUUCAUCUUUCCAACAAGACAAAAGAAAAACAAUGGAAAUCGUUGAAAGAGAAACAUUGCCCCCACCCCCACACAAAAAUUCCCAGCCCCUCCCUCACACAAAAACUAACAGAUUGCCCAUACUAAAAAAUGGACGCUAGAAUGUUAAACUCCCAAUCCCCUGCCUCUGCAUGGAAGGUUGAAAUAAAGGCUAACCACGUGAAAAGACAGGUUCCAGCUUUACAGGAUUUGUUUUUCCAGGUGGAGUCAAGGAAGUUGUUGCCCAAGUUCAUUGGACCCUUCAGGGUACUCAAGAAAGUGAACCGUGGCUUACACCUUGCAGCUCCCUAAGACCCUCAAGAUCAAUCCCACAUUUCACAUUUCCACAUUAAAACCUGUAAACACUAAUCCUUUAGCCCCACUACCGUCAGUCCUGCCGCCACCCAGGUUUGUCGAUGAAGAACGGUUCCUCACUGUAAAAAGAGGUCUGGAUUGACGAACUAUUUGGGGUGUUCAGCAGCUCCUUAUGGACUGGGACCAGAGGAAUGGUGUUCCUGAGAGAGACAGCUUGGAUCCAGCUGUCAUCGAUGACCAUCAGCAUCAUCUCUUUGAGUAGCCAAGGCGGCCAGGAGUCAGCCGUAGGGGAGGGGGUCCUGUAACAACACGCACCCGGCUGUGCCAGCCUGCAGGGUUUAGCUGCUCUGACUCUCAGAAUAUGCAUAGCUGGUCCACGCUGCUAAUUGGUGGCCAUAUUUUAGAAACAGAAAACCUACAGCACAAUACAGGCCUUUUGGCCCACAAGCUGUGCCGAACAUGUAUUUACUUUAGAAAUUACCUAGGGUUACCCAGAGUCCUCUAUUUUUCUAAGCUCCAUGUACCUAGGUUUUGGUGCCAGGGUUUUCAUAUUUGAAGCAUGAAGACAUUGAGCAUAAUGUUCGUCCAGGCGACCCAUAACAGCAGUCUUGACCUUUAAACACUCUGGUUCCCGGGCAUUGGCCAUCCAAAUCCUGAGCAUAUUUACAUGUAGACUAUGCAGGCCUGUUGGAUUGUCACAUGCUAUUGGUAGCUGUUGAUGUGCAUUCUAAGUAAAUCAAGGCCAAAGCGGUGAAGACAUUGACCAGCCAGAUGAUGAUAAACAUUUCACGCACACUAUUUUCUGUGCAUGGAAUCCCCAGUUCUGUGAUAAUGGUCCCAUGUUUCCAAGUGAGGAACUCAAAGUAUUUUUUUCAAGACAGUGGAGUUCGAUUGCAACAUCCGCCCCUUAUCAGCAUUAUCAAAUGGUAUGGCUGUUCAGAUUGUGAAGCAAGGAGUACAAAGGUUUAAAGGGGAUCAACUGGUUUUUGUUCACGUACCGAAUAAUCCCUCAAACUACCACAGCUUUCUCUCCUUCUGAGCUAAUGAUGAGCCGCAGGUUGCAUUCCCAAUUAAAUUUGUUGCACCCAGAGGUGGGAGACAGAGUAAGAGACAGACAAAAGACAAUGAAAGUACAGGACAAUUCAAAUAGGGAACAUCAGUGGGAGAUCCUGUUUAUCUUGACCUGAACCCUGAGAGCUGAAGGUGGAUGAACAGAGAAGUUGUGGUGAAAGAGGGUCAACAAGUUACUUCAACACUUCAGGAUGGUAGUGUGUGCUGUCAACGUCUAAAUCACCUCAGGAGAUGACCAAGUGAAUCCCUCAUUUUGGGAUGAGCUAGUCAACAAGAUAGGUUAGCAUUGCAACCAAUCGAAGCAGAAUCCCCAGUUAAAAGCACUAAUUCUGAACCAAUACUCAAUCCUGGGGCUUCUGGAUUGUGUUGAUCAGAAUGGACCAGAAAACUGAUGGAAUAUUAUCAAUCAGGUUUCAUCUGAAAAACUAACAGGUGGAGAGAUGUCCAAUCCAUCCAGUCUGGUCUGUCAUUUGACAUAACAGGAUCAGUCGACGUUGCAGGCUUGUCCAUCUAUCAAUUGAUGUUUGACUUACUAAUUCUGUGCGUGUGCGCAUGCUCAUUGUUUCUUAGUGACUGAGUCAAGCAGACCUACUUAGCUGCACUGGACAUGAGAAACGUUCUGUUCCAGCCUCCAGGUUGUUCCUUACUUGUAACAGUAUUAAGCAGAACAUUUAUAGAGGGCAUCAUACCUAUUGUCAAUCAACUGGAUGAGUGAGUGAGGAAUUCUUGUUAAGACACACAGUCAGUCAAACUGUCCAGUCUGGCCUGUCAAGUAGGUGAAUAGCACUUUGAGACCAACGGUAGAUUACAGGAUCACUGAGUGGUGUUUCGACAAGUUAACCCCUCUGGUGGCAGAUUCAUCAAUAAUCUUCAACUCCUCAACCCACCACACAUGUUAUCGAUAUGGCCAAUGAUUUCUGGUUGGUACCACUGGUGCCUGAAUGUCAGUCAUAGUUGGCUUUUAUAGUCAUGGGUCAACCAUAGGGAUCUCACAAUAGUCAUACUGUCUACCAUGGCCUUGAGGCAAUAUCUAAGGGGCUUUCCAAGCACUGACUCAACUAUCAUACAACAUGUGGAUGAUAUCCUCAUUCAUGAGGCCACAGGUCAGCAUGAAUGUGAUGUACUGUAUCUACUCAAUUUACCUGGCCUUCAAGGGACACAAAGCAAGUGUGGACAAGGCACAUUUGCAACAAGAAGUGACUUACUUUGAACAGAAAAUUUCCCAAAGCAGAUGAGAAGUCACUGAGGAUCAUGCAAAGACCGUUAUAUUAGCAAAACCACUUGCAAUACAUCACUCCAGCAACUUUGAUCAUUUCUGCAUUUAUACAACUACAAAAGAGCGUGGGUUGAUUCAGAUGCUGAACUUAGCCAACCCCUCACUAGUCUGCUCAAAGGUAACAAGCAAUCUGACAAGUGGGGAUUAGAGCAGAAGCUUUCUGUCAAAGGUGUAAUUCAUAAGAGAGAGGCCUUUAAAAGUGAAAUUUUGAGAGUACAAAGCUUGUAUCUGUCUGGCUGAUAACCACAUCUGCACCAGAUUUUCCAAAGGUAUUGAAACCCCUUUUAAGAAAAAACAGAGCAUUGUAGGUAUAGACAGUCAAAACAAAUGAGUUACUUAUGGAGUAUAAGAAAUACAAGAGAACACUUCAGAAAGAAAUCAGGAGGGCUUAAAAAAUUAAGGCAUGAGGUUGCCAUAGCAGAAAGGGUGAUGGAGAAUCCUAAGAGAUACAUUCUGUAGAUAUGUUAAGAGCAAAAGGAUUGCAAGGGACAAAGUUAGUUCUCCGGAAGAUCAGAAUUGUAAUAUAUCCAUGGAACCAAAUGAGAUGGGGGAGAUUUUAAAUGGAUUUUAAAAUUUUAAUACAUCUGUAUGUAUUCAGAUGGAUACAGAGUCCGUAGAAGUGAGGCAAAGUGGCAUCGAGGUCAUGGACCCUAUGAAGAUUACAAAGGAGGAGGUAUUUGCUUUCUUGAAGCAAAUUAGGGUGGAUAGUUCACCAGGGCAUGUAAAAGUAUUCCCCAGGACCCUGUGGAAGGCAAGUGCAGAAAUUGCAGGGGUCCUAGCAGAGAUAAUUAAAUCAUCUUUACUGUCAAGUGUGGACGAUAGCUAAUGUUGUUCCGCUGUUUAAUAAAGGCUCUAAAAAUAAACCAGGAAAUUAUAGGCCAGUGAGCCCGGCAUUAAUAGUAGGAAAGAUUGGAAGAUAUUCUAGGGAUCCAAUCUUUGAGUAUUGGCAUAGAUAGGGACUAAUUUCAGAGCUUUAAAAAUCUGUGCUUCAUAGUCAUAUUUUCAGAGCUUGACAAAAAAGUUCAGAAUUCAUUAGCAACGUCAAAUAAAAAUAAGGCAGCGGCAAGCGAAGCUGCCAUUAUUGGAGUGCAGCAACGAUACAGUGGAGAAAUUUGGCUUUGGCUCAGUAGGCAUGGGCGACAUAACUAUCUGGUCAGCUUUUUCUUGUUCAUUCUUCAUCUGUAAGUGUAUCGUUAGGGCAGUAAGACUGGCUCCAGGGGCUGGAUGAUGUUCUUUGCGUGAGAUGUGGGAAUUCUCAGAGAUCUGCAACCUUCCAAAUAACCACAUCUGCAUCAGGUGGACCAAGCUGCAGUUCCUCAGAGAAUGCAUUAAAGAACUGGAGCUGCACCUCAAUGACCUUGGGUCAUACAGGAGUCUGCAGCGGUGAUAUAUAGGAGCUACAGUGAGGAAGCCACUCCGAGGUUACAGGAGGUAGGUGAAUAGGUGACUGUCAGGCAAGGGAAACAGGCAGCCCAUACAGAGUGCCUCUCUUGCUCUUCUCUCAAUAACUACAAUAAGUACAAUAGAGUAUUAGAUAUUGUUGGGAAUAACCUACCAGUGGGGAGCCGCAGUGAUUCUGGUGCUGUAGCUCAGAAGGGAAGGAGGCAAAGGAGGAGUGCAGUGAAAAUGGGAAAUUCCAUAGAGGAGUAGGUAGGAGAGUCUGUGGAUGUGAUAGAGGGACCCAGAUGGAGUGUUGCAUUCCAGGUGCCAGGGUCAGAGAUGUCUCUGUGUACAUGACAUUCUAAAGGGGAAGGGUGAGCAGCCAGACAACAUGGUACAUUUUGAUACUAAUGGCAUAGGAAGGAAAAGAGAAGAGGCCCUAAAGAGGGAACUUAGAGAACUAGAUAGAAAGCUGAAAAGCAGAAUCUCGGGGUAACAAUCUCUGGAUUGUUGUCUAUGCCACACGCAAUGAUGACAAGGAUAGGAUGAUUUGGCAUAUGAAUGAGUGGCUGAAGGACUGGUGCAUGGGGUAGCGUUUCUGAUUUUGGAUCAUUUGCAUCUCUUUUGGCGAAGGUUUCACCUGUACAAAAGUGAUGAGUGACACCCGACCCCGAAGGGGACCAAUAUCCCCCCAGGCAGGUUUCCCAGAGCAGUUGGGGAUGGGUUAAACAAAUUCAACAGGGGGUGAGGAAUUGGAGUGAUCGGGCUGAAGAGGUAGUGUAUAGUGAGACUGUCAGGAAGAUGAAGGGGCAAAGUUGAAGAGUCAUGGAAUACUACAGCACAGAAACAGGCCUUUCCCCUUACCUAUACCACAGCCCCCCCCAAAACCACUCCCAUCCAUGUACCUAUCCAAACAUCUCUGAAAGAUUCAAAUCACACGCACCAUUUCUGCUGGCAACUCAUUUCACACUCCACCAGCUGAGUGAAGAAGUUUCCCUGCAUGUUCCCCUUAAAUAUUUCACCUUUCACUCUUAACGAUCAUGGGCUUCUGCUUAACGCAUGACCUCUAGUUGUAGUCUGACCCAACCUUCGAGGAAAAAGACUGCUUGCAUUUACCCAAUCUAUACCCCAUCCACAUAAUUUUUUAUACCUCUAUAAAAUAUCCCCUCCUGUCUUCCAGGUUCAGGUGAAAAAAUAACAUCUUUAUCCUCAUUAGAUCAUACGAAUAUUCCACUUCUAAUCUUGUUUCUGGAUUUACAUUUGAUCAAGCUCUUAACACUGAAGCCACGUUCGCUGUCAGCACUGGAAGCUUGCGAAGUUCUAGUGAUGUCAACAAGAUUAGUCAGUUAUCAACUUCUUUGUUUCUAAGCUUGUAGUUUAACAUAUCAAUGAACCAGUCUUACCAGUAAUUGAUCCAGUCUUAACUUUCCCAGAGUGAAAAUUGGAAAUCACAGUAUUGCUGCGCUAUCUUUGAAGUAACACUUACUUUGUAGUUUGUAUUAAUAGCUCAGUUUUUUUCUACAGUUGUACAGCAUUCUAUUUCAUAAAUUGAAAAUUGGUAGUGUUUGCAAUAGUAACAGGGUGAAAAGCUUGCCAUUCUCUUAACUCAUCAUCAGGAAAUUUAUUAUCCAACUGCUUGCACACGCGUGGAGUGAACUGAAUAAUAGGUGCAGCCUCGACAUCAGAACUUACAGGUGCAGGCAGCUAUUUCACAUUGUCACUCCAAUAAAGGGUAUCGUCAAGAUACUAGGACCGUAACUAUUACCUGGACUAUUCCUCUUCCCACCCUGUCUCUUGCAAAAAGGCUAUCCCCUUCUCACAAUUCCUCUGUCUCCGCCGCAUCUGCUCUCAGGAUGAGGCUUUUCAUUCCAGGACGAAGGAGAUGUCUUCCUUUUUUAAACAAGGGGGCUUCCCUUCGUCCACCAUCAACUCUGCUCUCAAACGCACCUCUCCCAUUUCCUGCACAUCUGCCCUCACCCCAUCCACCUGCCACCCCACUCGGGAUAGGGUUCCCCUUGUCCUCACCUACCACCCCACCAGCCUCCAGGUCCAACGUAUAAUUCUCCGUAACUUCCGCCACCUCCAACGGGAUCCCACUACCAAACACAUUUUUCCCUUCCCCCCCCCCUUUCUGCUUUUCGCAGGGAUCGCUCCCUACGCGACUCCCUUGUCCACUUGUCCCCCCCCCAUUCCUUCCCACCAAUCUCCCUCCUACCACUUAUCCUUGUAAAUGGAACAAGUGCUACACCUGCCCUUACACUUCCUCCCUCACCACCAUUCAGGGCCCCAGACAGUCCUUCCAGGUGAGGCAACACUUCACCUGUGAGUCGGCUGGUGUGGUAUACUGCGUCCGGUGCUCCCGGUGUGGCCUUUUAUAUAUUGGUGAGACCCGACACAGACUGGAAGACUGUUUUGCUGAACACCUACGCUCGGUCCGCCAGAAAAAGCAGGAUCUCCAAGUGGCCACACAUUUUAAUUCCACAUCCCAUUCCCAUUAUGAUACAUCUAUCCAUGGUCUCCUGUAUUGUCAAAAUGAAUCCAAACUCAGGUUGAAGGAACAACACCUUAUAUACCGGCUGGGUAGCCUCCAACCUGAUGGCAUGAACAUUGCCUUCUCUAACUUCCGUUAAUGACCCUCCUCCCCUUCUUACCCCAUCCCUGACAUAUUUAGUUGUUUGCCUGUUCUCCAUCUCCCUCUGGUGCUCCCCCCCUUCCUUUCUUUUUCCUGAGGCCUCCCGUCCCAUGAUCCUUUCCCUUCUCCAGCUCUGUAUCACUUUUGCCAAUCACCUUUCCCGCUCCGGUCUUCUAUCAUUUCGCAUUUCCCCCUCCCCCCACUUCUUUCAAAUCUCUUACUAUCUCUCCUUUCGGUUAGUCCUGACGAAGGGUCUCGGCCCGAAACGUCGACAGCGCUUCUCCCUAUAGAUGCUGCCUGGCCUGCUGCGUUCCACCAGCAUUUUGUGUGUACACUUGCUAUUUUUUGCUUUUGCAAACUGCAGUGUUUCAAUUGUAUUCAAACAGGUUUUCUGAAAGAAUUUACAGAUGCCAAAACAUUAAUUAAGGAUAGUUAAUGCUAAUAGUUUCAAAAUUAUGUUAACAUUAGGGGAAAGAAAAUUCCAGCUGCAUUCCAGCUAUCUGCACAGGAGAGUUUCAGUUACUGCGCUGCCAUGCACCCAUGCAGCUUAAAGGAGACAAUGGUACUGUCUGCCUUCUUGAUGAUGUAGAAUCGUAAUCAGAUUUCCUUCCACUGUUUCUAUGACCUCAGCAAACUUGGACUUUGCACAUCUCAUCCCCUCCUUGUUGUCAUCCAGUGAACAACUGUGCCCAAGAACCAGUUACCUGGGUACUCCAAAUGUUACCUGCUCCAGUCUGAAAAUGACCCACUUAUUCCAGCCACACACAAAACACUGGAGGAAUUUGACGGUUGAGGUAGCAUCUGUGGAGAGGAAUGGAUAACUCAUAAAAUCAUUGUGUUACCUUUCUUCAACGUUCUGUAGUUCUAAUUCUCUGCUACUGAGACCAUGUUUUUCGUCUAUUUUCUCUGGGUCCAUAAUAAUGUACUGGGUAACAAGUGACUAGUAUUAUUCAGACCACAAAAAUACCACAUUGUCAAUCUGCAAAGAGAAAGCCUUAUUGCCUACUCUUGAGGUUCAAUGGCAUUGCUGACUCUGAAUCAAAUGCCAGGAUGCUCACAAUAAUCAGGAAGUUUCCAGAAGCAAUCGUGUACAUACUGUGGGCUUUUAGUAGGUCUGUGGGACAGGACCUGAAUGUGAAGCUAUACUAACGCAAAGAUACAAACUAGGCUAGUCACAGCUUGAUGAAGGGCAGAAAUGACCCAUUCUCAUACGGAGAGGAAGACAGAUAAUUUGAUGUUGUGUCUGGAUGCCUGAACUGUGUCCAGUUGGCACUGAGUUGUUGUUCCUCCAAAAUGUGUUCAGUCUCACUGUAAUUGUGUGAUGUCAGAGGUCACCAUAAAGACUAAAACUAUCUUAGCUGAAAUUUUGUCUUUCACCCACUGACCUUCCUUUCAAGCUUUUUACAGGAUAGAAAAGGCAAAGUGAAGGGGGAGAUGGUUGAGAACACACACCAGUUGUAACACGUGGACAUGCCCAUGAUCUGACCUGAUAAAGGCCGUAGAGUUAAUCACACAGCUGCCAUUCAUUGCUUCUCAUUUUGGAAGGGAUAACCUGGCCACUGCACCUGUAGAAUCACCAGUAAGUUCACUCUGGGGAGAUGCCACUCAUGUGCUCCGUGUGAGAUAGGAUUCAUUCAGUCACUUGAGCACCAGCCAAUUCACUCAGUUGUCAAGUCACUUUUUUUGUCAUUUCGACCAUAACUGCUGGUACAGUACAUAGUAAAAAUGAGACAAUGUUUUUUAGGACAAUGGUGUUACAUGACAGUACAAAAACUAGACUGAACUACGUUAAAAAAAACAACACAGAGAAAACUACACUAGUCUACAGACCUACACAGGACUGCAUAAAGUGCACAAAGACAGUGCAGGCAUUACAAUAAAUAAUCAUAGGGCAAGGUGUCAGUCCAGGCUUCGGCUAUUGAGGAGUCUGAUAGCUUGGGGGAAGAAACUGUUACAUAGUCUGGUUGUGAGAGCCCGAAUGCUUUGGAGCCUUUUCCCAGACGGCAGGAGGGAGAAGGGAUUGUAUGGGGGGGGGGUGCAUGGGGUCCUUCAUAAUGCUGUUUACGGAUGCAACGUGUUGUGUAAAUGUCCGUGAUGGCGGGAAGAGAGACCCCGAUGAUCUUCUCAGCUGACCUCACUAUCCGCUGCAGGGUCUUGCGAUCCGAGAUGGUGCAAUUUCUGAACCAGGCAGUGAUGCAGCUGCUCAGGAUGCUCUCAAUACAACCCCCGUAGAAAGUGAUGAGGAUGGGUGGGGGGGGUGGGGGAGAUGGACUUUCCUCAGCCUUCACUGAAAGGAGACAUGCUGCUGGGCUUUCUUUGCAAUGGAGCUGGUGUUGAGGGACCAGGUGAAAUUCUUCGUCAGGUGAACACCAAGAAACUUGGUGCUCUUUAUGAUCUCUACCGAGGUGAACAGCUAUACUUGGCUCAAUUUGUCUCUUCCUGUUAGUAUAGCUUCACACUUGCUCCAGGUGUGGGAAGAGAUUCAUUUAGUUAAUCCACUUUGCGAGGAUCCACAAUAUGUAGGUCGGCAAGGAAAUUUACUCAGUCGUCCCACCUGCUGAAACAUCAGCAACUUCACAUCAGGAAGUUCAGAUAAGGUUUGAUGUGACUAUGAUAGUGGCUGAAUCCAGUUGGAAAUUCCUGAGGGACUUUUAAUGUCAGAUUCUGCAGAUAUUUCAGCAGCUCAUCACACCCAGGGAUGAGUCCUGGUCACUGAGCAUUGGAGGGGUUUCUUCUGCUGAUCUUAGACAAAACAGACUGGUGUUUAACACUGUGGAUCUGAGACAAUAAAUCAGUUCUAUUUCAAA